AUGGAAAGCCCAUGCUUUUUCGCAAGUAGCGUAGCAACAAAAGUUAUUUUGGAGGGUCUUGAAAGUUCGAUGGAUUUUGGUAAAUUCCUCUUCGAGCAGUCAACGGCAAUGGACGAACCCCCUGCGCAGAUGACUGAACUUGACCAGAUCAAGUAUAAAAUGAAUGCCGUUACGGACGAGUCUCUCGAUGCUACACGGCGCAUGAUGGCAAUGUGCGAGGAGCAACUGGACCGUAUCAAUGAGGGCAUGGAUCAGAUUAACGAGGAUAUGAAGGACGCGGAAAAGAAUUUGGAUGAUUUAAAUAAAUGCUGCGGUCUUUGUGUGCUGCCCUGGAACAAACGGAAAGGUAAGAGUGACUUCGCAAAGCAGCUGAAGGACGAGGAUGGGUUCGGUGGUGGGGAUGGACCGAGAAUCAUCGUCGAUCAGAACGGGAUGGGCCCGACUGGAGGAUAUAUCACUAGGAUAACGAACGAUGCGCGAGAGGACGAGAUGGAUCAGAACAUGCAGGAGGUGGCAGGCAUGAUUGGUAAUCUGCGCAAUAUGGCCAUCGAUAUGGGCAGUGAAAUCACCCAGCAAAACACGCAGGUCGAGCGCAUCCACUUGAAGGCGAAGGCGAACGCCGAUCGCAUAAAGAAGGCCAAUGAGCAGGCGAGCAAACUGCUAAAGUGA